UUCAAACAGUUGUGUCGACGAUAUCCCGGUUUUCUUCGCCUCUGUAUCGCUGACCCGACAUCCGAGCGAAGGUUUUUCAGGAGAGGUUGGGUUACAUACGACCGAUCGGUUAAUAUUCGAGAGAUCUGUUGGUCUUUCAAUAGCGUGAAACUAAGAGACACCGAACUGAACGUUAUAGUGAACCGGGAUUUGAGUCGACGAAUCCGUUCUGUCAAUGGAAUCGCUUCGCAUAAGAAUGUCGUUCGCGCGGACAUCAGACACGCGGCGAAGAUUGUACUCAAUUUAGACAAACAGAAAAAACUGUGGGAAGAAGAGAAUAAUGACACUAAAGAGGCGAAUGAUGUUAAGCCUAUGUUUGGUUUUGCCUCAAAGAAUCCCUUACUUAAGAAUAUAACCGAUUAUCUGAUCGAAGAGGCGUCGGCUGAAGAGGAGGAGCUGUUGGGCGGCGAUCCCGGAGAACUGAAC